GCUCGAGUACUCAUGGUUGGUGCUGGAGGUAUUGGCUGCGAGCUACUCAAAAACCUUGUUUUGGCUGGAUUUGGAAACAUUGAAGUGGUUGAUCUUGAUACUAUCGAUCUGUCCAAUCUCAAUCGUCAAUUUCUAUUUAGGAAUCAACACAUUAAAAAGUCCAAAGCCAAUGUUGCAAGAGAAACUGCUCUUCAGUUUAAUCCCUCUGCCAACAUUAAAGCGUAUCAUGCUAGCAUUUAUGAAUCCCAUUUCGAUAUGGCUUGGUUCAAGUCGUUUGAUUUGGUCAUGAAUGCUCUUGAUAAUAUAGCUGCACGAAGGCACGUCAAUCUAAUGUGUAUGGCUGCCAAUGUUCCAUUGAUCGAGUCGGGAACGGCUGGAUAUCACGGUCAGGUAUCGCUGCACAAGUAUCUUAUUUCCAGCUGCUACGACUGCUCUCCAAAACCAACUGAGCGUAAAGUGUAUCCAGUCUGUACAAUACGUAGCACUCCUAGUGAGCCUAUCCACUGUAUCGUAUGGGCAAAAAAUUUCCUUUACAACAUACUAUUUAGCUCCACUUUAGAGGAAGACAACGAAAUCGAUAAUUCUGAAUCUUCUGAAAAUGCAAAGAAUAUCAAGGAACUCAAGGUAGAGGCAAACGCUCUUCAUACUCUACGAGAAACAAUGGGACAUGCUGAUUAUGGACGCAACGUGUUUGAAAAGAUCUUUCAAAUGGAUAUUCAACGACUUCUUGAUAUGGAAGAUUUGUGGAAGACGCAUAAAAAACCGACAAUUUUGGAUUUCAACUCAUUGCUAGCCAGCUCAGAUUCAUUAUUCAUUGCUGAUCCAAACUCUUUGGUAUUUGAUCAAACCGCUUGGGAUUUGACUCAAAACUUUCAAAUAUUUCUCUCCAGUCUUGAUUUGUUAUCCAAAAGACUAUUGAAUAGUCUCAGCUCAGAUCCAUCUGCUUCUCUGAGGUUUGACAAGGAUGAUGAAUUAUCACUGAAUUUUGUAACAUCUGCUGCCAAUCUUCGUGCUAUCUGCUUCCAUAUUGCUACCAAAAGCCGCUUUGACGUCAAACGCAAUCUAGAUACUAUAGAAAUGGCCGGGAACAUCAUCCCUGCGAUUGCAACGACCAAUGCCAUUGUUGCUGGCAUGAUUGUAAUGCUUGCAUUCAAAAUUUUGUCUGGACAGUUGAAAACGUGCAAAAACACCUUUGUUCAAUAUGGGGGCGAGCGAAGUCAUUUGCUUGCCAACGAGCCCACAGUUUCUCCUAACCCAGAGUGUGCAGUAUGCACUGUUGGAUAUUUUACUUUGCGCAUUAAUACACACACGACCAGUCUCAAGGAUGUGAUUGACAAAGUAGUAGUUUCUGGCGAAUUUGGCGAGGGAGAGAUUACGAUUCAAAACGACAUAGGUUUGCUGUAUGAUGUCGAGUUUGAUGACAACAUUGAUACGACUCUUGAGGCUCUUGGUGUCACUGCUCAAACCAAACUAUGCAUCACCAAUGAUGAUGAUGAUGAUUUGAAAAACGUUGCAGUGACUCUG